CACUCUCCCACUCUCCCACCCUCUCACCCACUCUCUCUCUCUCUCUCACGCUCUCACUCUCUCACUCCCCUCAAGCCGCGGAACGAGCCUGGGAACCAUGGACGGAUUCUCGGGGAAACUUUUCUUCCUCUCGUGCGCGCUGGCGGCGCGGAGCUUUGCGCAGGACUUCGGACAGACGCAGUUUAUUUGCACGUCGGUGCCCAAGGAUAUGGACCUGUGCGCCGCGGCCACGAUGCAGAGCAGCGGGCCGGCGGAGGACCUGAAGACCACCGUGCUGCAGCUGCGCGAGACCGUGCUGCAGCAGAAGGAGACCAUCAUGAACCAGAAGGAGACCAUCCGGGAACUCACGGCCAAGUUGAGCCGCUGCGAGAGCCAGAGCCUCCCGGGGCCCGGCGGGAGGCGACCCGGCGCCAAGAACACGAUGGGGGACGUAUCGCGCGGCACCGCGGACACGCUGACCCAGCUGGGCAACACGUUGCAGACCCUGAAGCAGCGGCUGGAGAACCUCGAGCAGUACAGCCGGGCCAACAGCACCAGGCCGGCCAACAGCCUGAAAGAUCUCCUCCAGAACAAGAUGGACGACAUGGAGAAGCAGGUUCUGACCCGGGUCAACAGCGUGGAGGAGGCCCGGCCCGCCGCCAGGAACCACACCGACCAGCGGAACCGGGUGGAGUCCACGCUCACCACGCUGCACCACCGGAUCACCGACCUGGAGAAAGGUAAAGACAGCCGGCCGUCAGACACCUUCCAGCUCACCUUCCCCCUGAGGACCAACUACAUGUACGCCAAGGCCAAGAAGAGCCUCCCCGAGAUGUACUCCUUCAGCGUGUGUCUGUGGCUCAAGUCCAACGCCUCGCCCGGCGUGGGGACGCCGUUCUCCUACGCCGUGCCGGGCCAGGCCAACGAGCUGGUGCUCAUCGAGUGGGGCAACAACCCCAUGGAGAUCCUCAUCAACGACAAGGUCGCCAAGCUGCCGUUCCUCAUCAACGACGGGAAGUGGCAUCACCUCUGCAUCACCUGGACGACCCGCGACGGCGUGUGGGAGGCCUUCCAGGACGGCGUGCUGCGCGGCAGCGGGGAGAACCUGGCCCCGUACCACCCCAUCAAGCCAGAGGGGGUGCUGGUCCUGGGGCAGGAGCAGGACACGCUGGGCGGCGGUUUCGACGCCACGCAGGCGUUCGUCGGCGAGCUCGCCAACCUGAACAUCUGGAACAGGAAGCUCUCCGGCACGGAGAUCUACAGCCUGGCGACCUGCAGCGGCAAGCCGGCGGGCGGCGGCGUGUUCUCCUGGACGGAGGGCAGCGUGGAGACGUUCGGCGGCGCCACCAAGUGGACCUUUGAGCCGUGCCGCUCGCUCAACUGAGGAGACGCUCGCCGCCGCCUCCGGGCUUCACGGCGUCCGCGUCUUCGCUCACGGACCGUUUGAGUUGUUCGGCUUACGUCUGGAUUCACUUCCUUGUUUUCGGUAUUUAUGUGCGACGCUUUUCUGUCUUGAGGGGAAAAAACAAACAGAAUUCAUCUUCAAGCCUCCGGAGGAAAGAGUUGCUGUUUCGCUUUCUGGUUUUUUUUCUUCUUUUUUUCUUCGGACAACUACGCUUUUUGGCUUUUUUGGCUUCCCCCCCCGACUUGGACAUCGAUCUGCGGAAUUACAUAUCCCCCCCCCCUCCCUCUGGAUCAUGGGAGAUGACGCUGUCCAUCCAAGUUCUCGUCAGUGUUUGGCGCUGUGAAGUGAUGUCUGGCGCCCCCUCCUCCUCCUCCCCCCACCUCUCCUCCAUUAUGCCCCGCCCCUCUCCGGAACUUGCACUGUGACUGACGAAGAGGAGGGUACGUCGAAGGACAUUUUUGCAAAGCCGAGUUUUUCCAGUCAGAUGUCUCGAGGUCUCGCUGCCUUGGGCCUCGGGGCCUCAGGGUCCCGGUGCAUCGGUGUGGUCAGCACAUUCCAGAUGUUUUUAAGUUGCACAAUCGUCACCUUCCUAAAAAAUAAUGGCCAAAGUCAUUUUUACAAUUUUUCUGAAAAAACACCA